GUGAUGCUGCGCAAAGCGGACGCAAACGGCGUUAUGCUCCAGAGCAUCAACCAGCCUCUGUCUGAUCUCGGUGUCGAUAAUGUAGAGCAAGUGCCGUCCGUAGCUAUACUCAAGUACCUCGGACCCGAGGGCAUGCUGCGUGCAUCGAAGCGGGCAUUUGACGCAGAGCUUUCAUCGGACUGGUGGCGCACACUGUCCCAUGAGAUUGGCGAGGAAGUGCCGAGGGGUAGUGUUGUGAAGCUUCAGAUUGAUCUGUGGCCUACUGGGAUGAUCUUUGAUAAGGGUAAGAAGUUGAUGCUGAAGAUCAGCGGGCAUGAUAUGCGGCUUGCUGAUUUUGAGGUGCUGCAAGGGUUGUUUCAGGCCGCUAAUGAAGGGAACCAUUAUGUUCAUUUGGGAGGUGGGAGGGAGAGUUAUUUGGAUGUCCAUAUCCUGUAG